AUGAAAUUAAAUAUUACUAAUUUUAAACAAGAAUCUAUUCAAUUGAAUAUUUUUAUUGAUGGUAAUAUAACUGAUGAUAACGAUGGAAAACUUAUGGAACAAAAUCCUAAUACGACAUCAUCAAUCCACGGAGCAGCAGAACAUAAUAAAAAAAUAUGUGGAAUAUUGUUGAAUAGAGUUCAAAUAGCUGAUAUUAACUCAAGAAAUGUAAAACUUCAAAGAGACAAAAACGAAGAAUUUUUUACAAAAGAAAAUUUAUUUUAUUUACAAAAGUUAGACAAAGUUGUCGAUAAAAUUCAUAAAUUUGUUGAGGAAAUUACUCAAAUAACAGGAUUAUCCAAGUAUAUUCAUGCUAAAAAUGACCAUAAAGUUAAGUCUGAUAUCGAAGAUUUAUCUCAGUACCUUAAAGAUAUUGGCAGCGGUAUAACAGACAUAAAUCAAAAUUUCUCGGAAGCAGUUAAACAAAUUAAUGUGUUUGGUAAUUCAUUGAAUGAAAUUAUUCAAGCUAAUUCAAAUGAUUUCCAAAGUGAAUUACUUGAAUAUAAUGAUUUUGAAGAAGUUAAACAACCUUUGAAAAAUAAAUAUGUGAGAAAAUUUAAUAGAAGAAAAUAUGGAUUUCAUGAUUCGGUCGCAUUAAAGUUAUUGGCUGAUAAGAAUAUCAGUGAAAAAUAUAAAAGCAUUUUUAAAAGUCAAGUCACAAUAUUAAAAAAAUUAAAAGAAUGUACUUUUAUUAUUCAAUUUUAUGGUUUAACUUCACAUGAAGAUAAAUUGUAUUUGGUGACAGAAUGGGCCAAUUAUGGAAAUUUACGUGAACAUUAUCAAAAACAUCCACUUGAAGUGAGGCGGAAGUUGAAAUUUGCUCUUGACAUUUCUAAAGGCUUAAAUUUCUUGACCGCCGUUUCGAUCCUUCAUCGUGAUAUAAGAGCCGAGAAUAUCUUGAUCACCGACCAUGAAACUGCCAAAAUUGCAAAUUUCAAAUCAAGUCGAGCAGUACCCGAUAGUACACAAAAUCAAAAGGCGACUCUCGAAGCUAUUCGUUAUUGUGCUCCAGAAAAGUUACAAAAUGAGCAAGAAAGGAUUCCUUAUGAGAGAUUUGGUGGAGAUAUUGUGACUAUACUAGACCAAGUUUGCAACAAAAAAUAUCGUGAAUCAUUUUCUCACAACUCUCAAUUAGCAAGUGAAUACCAGGAGUUAGCAAAAAGAGCGGUUCAUCACGAUCAUAAUUUUCGGCCUCAAUUUUCAAGGAUCUUUACCACACUACAAGAUCUUUAUAAGAAAAAGUUUUAG